GGACAAGAUCGGCGUCGCUGUUUCCGACAGGACCACACCCAUUUCCGGGUAGGCCGCAGCCGUCAAGAGGGAGGUGACGGAGAAGGCCGAGUACACACUGGCCGAGUUCACCACUGUUGAGACAGCAGCCACCAUUGUGAGCCUUCACGGUUAGCUUGGGAUCUUACUGACUUUAGCCAGACCUUCGAGAUCCCGUCAUGGGCGUCGUUAACUUCCUGCUACUGAGCUGCCUUGGCGUCGCCGUAACUGUUCGAGCUCAAGACUGUUCCAAACCUAUCCCAGGACCCAACAUGGAUUUGAAGGGCAAUGACAUUCUUUUACAGACAUUCCCAGAUGGGAGCCAGGUUUCCUUUGCCUGUAGUAUUGGUUACACCUCUGCAGGAGGAUCUUCACUCAUUACAUGUACUGCCGGCACUUGGAGUCCUGUGAGGCUGAGAUGCGAGAAAAAGAACUGCGGGUCUGCUGGAGAAGUGGAUCAUGGCACUAUUGAUUACUCCCGUGGGACAGAGUUUGGUGAUACAAUUGUGAUCAGUUGCAACACUGGUUACCGGCUGGUUGGUAGAAGUGAAAUCCUUUGUGGAGACAAGGGCUGGAUGGAUAGGUUGCCUGUAUGUGAAGUGGUGACUUGUGAUCCACCAGCUCAGAUUGCAAAAGGUAGUUUCAGUCCAGCAGCUGAUUUCUAUGAGUAUGGAGAAGUUGUACAGUACAGCUGUGAUGCAGGGUUAACAGUCAGUGGAUCAAAGUCACUAACAUGUUCAAGUGAUGGAACAUUUACACCUGCUCCUCCAAGCUGUAUCAUGGUUCAGUGUGAAGAUAUUGAUAUUCCGUAUGCUGACUGGGUUGGAGGUUCUCGACCCCCUUAUGGAUACAAGGCUACAGUAACAUUUCGGUGUAAAUCUGGAUAUGAGAUGAAGGUGCCGGGUACCCUGACAUGUGACAUAAAUGGUCAGUGGUCACCUGGAAUUCCAGAAUGUGAAAUGGUGACUUGUGGUCCACCACGUUCAGUGGCAGAUGGGUCGUUCAGUCCAAACAAACCAUCCUAUAAUUAUAGCGAGGUUGUAGAGUACAGCUGUAACGAAGGUUUUAAACUCAUCGGCUCGAAAUCAACAUCGUGUUUGGCCAGUGGAGCAUUUCAGGCCACCGAUACACAGUGUACCAUGGUGACGUGUGGUCCACCACCUUCAGUGGUGGAUGGUACAUUCAGUCCAAAAAAAGUAUCUUAUAAAUAUAAUGAGGCUGUAGAGUACAGCUGUAACGAAGGUUUUGAACUCAUCGGAUCCAAAUCAGCAUUAUGUUUGAGCAAUGGAAAGUUUCAGUCCACUGAUACACAGUGUACCAAAACACCAACUACCACUACCACCACCACCACCACUACCACUACCACAGUGACACCAACAGGGAAUGGCACUAUCAUAGGAAUAUGCUUGGGCGUUAUUCUAGCUGUAUUGUUGGUGAUAUUAUGUGGACUCUGCAUAUGCAAGAAGAAAAAACAAGGCUCUGGAAAAGACCAACCUGACUUAAAGGCUACAAAACCUGAAGAGGAAGUAGCUCUUGCGUAAGUGUGGCAGUCACAUUGGCGCAACUUUACUUCGUGUGAAAACGUCUGGAUGAGAAGAGGGAUGCCGCUGCCCUGGUCGACGAAUGUAAAUGUGCCACGCAUGCGAACAGCACGGACUCGGGAAGCCUCCUGAAAACGUUUCUUAACAUCAAUGUGGGAUUCCAAAACCUCAGAAGAUUGAGCUCAUUCCUUAGCUUAUGCAGUAAGUGGUCCCUCCAAUUGGAUGACGAUAAUUUCCACCUUUGACAAGCCACUCAUUACAUUCUGCACAAUUCAGUUAAAUCAGCAGUAUUUGGGAUGUGUUUCCUUUACAAUAAUGCAACACUGUCUAUACAGUAAUUAAGGAGGAAUGAGAGUUCAUGUUCAUCAGAGAGGCUUUACAUUGAUUUUAAACUUGCACUAGAGUUCAGAGCACCGCUCAACUUGACCAAUGUAACUUAAUUACACAGAUAGCUUAAAAUAAUCAGAAUCAAGAAUCAAAUAAAGAAUGUUUUCAUAGUUCACCUUAAAUACAACUGGCUCCUGCAACCAGUAAACCAGUCCUCCAUUCUAAAGAUUGACUGUCAGGUCUUCUGCACAGUGCCUGAGAAAAAGGCUUGUUCCAUAUGCCUUAAUGCAGAAAGCCAAAUAUGUUGGCUUGUUGUGUGUGUCACAUAUGUGUUUGCCUGUGAAUUGCAUACUAUUUAACCCCGUUUGUUGGGGUUAGUUAAUGGAAGCUUGAUUGCGGGCCCACCUUAGCUAUGUGUUCAUGCUAUAUCAUUAGCUUAAAGUGUUCAACGAUGACACAUUGUUUUUCUUUCUUAUCAAAGAAAGGUUUGUUUUUUUUUUUCUUCCUGCAAAUUAUUUGCUUUCUAAUGUUUCUUUCCCAGAGUGUCACUUUUAGUUUUACACCAGAGGAGGAGGAGGAACACUUCAAGUGUUACAGUACUACUGUGUCUGUUGUUACAUAAAGGUGUAUAGACUGUGAUCUCUGAAGAUUUUGUACUUGGUUGUUUUUUUUUUUCUUUAUUUAUUGAUCUAAAAUUUGUAUCAAAACAUCUCAUUAAAAUAUUUACAUUGUUUGGAGGUCAGUUAAAACUGCUUCUACACUGGCACUACCCUUUUGUAAUCAAUUGAUGAAAUAAAAACAGACAAUGUA